GCCAUCAGCUGCGGCGAUCAGGAGAGACGGCCGCGGCCUCGACAGGAGCAGCAGCCUCGGUCCCGCGCAGCAGCGCCCCUCGACGUGGCUUCGCGGCGGCCCGAGCAGAUGAUGCGGCUGUCGAGCCCCGGCAGGGAAGCAGCAGCAGCAGCUCCGAGCGGAGGCGGUGCCACGGCAGGGCGCUGGAAGGCGACAGCAGCGACUGCAGCGGCGGGGGCGACGGCCACCCUUCUCAGGAGUGCCGGUCCCCUCGGGUUAAGAAGCAGCGGCGCGUCCCCGAGGAGAGCCCCAUCGCAGUAGCGCUUCCCAGGCCCCGGAGGCUAUGGAAGACCACACCGGCGGGCCAAGUCUGUAGGAUGGUAGCACAUAGCAGCGUCACGCCUGAGAAUGGGAUCGCCACAGGCCUGAGGUGUCGACUUGAGCCCCCGCUGCGGGACGCCCUGCAAGCCCGAGUCCCUCACGCUCUCGGCUGUGCCAGCGCCGCGCCCCGGGACACCCACUUCCACACCUUUCGCUCGCAGGCGGACUUCAGCACCAUCAUUCGCACCAGCGCCUUGCUGGAUGAGUGCGGCUUUUAUUGGGGACCGUUGUCGGUCAACGCAGCCCAUGAGAAACUCAAAGGCGAGCCGCUGGGGACCUUCCUCAUCCGGGACAGCCGGCAGAAGAACUGCUUCUUCACCAUUAGCGUUAAGACUGCCACCGGACCCACGAGCAUCCGCGUGGUCUUCCAGGCUGGCCGCUUCAGCCUGGACGGCAGCAAAGAGGUGUUUGACUGUCUCUUCCAGCUGCUGGAGCAUUAUGUCAGCUCCCCGCGGAAAGCCCUGGUCGCCCCGCUGCGCAAGGAGCGCAUGCGGUCCUUGCAGGAACUCUGCCGGAAAAACAUCGUGGCGACGUACGGCAGAGAGAACUUAAGGCACAUCCCUCUCAACCCGGUCUUAAAGGAUUACUUGGAAACAUUCCCUUUCAAGUUGUAAGGGGCUUGCAUUAAAUCGGCCAGUGCGGCUGGGAGAAAGGCGACGGCGGGAGAGGAAACCAAGUCCCCAGAGGUCGCUCUUGUCUGUUGCCGCUUUUAAAAUAGCGCGCAGCUAUGACCUUGAGGGCCGGGCGGAAGCGAUCCGCUCGCUCCCGGAGAGCCCUGUUCAGGGCGAAGAGGCGGUUGUGACGGAAAGCUUGGAGUGGCUUUGGCGCAGUGACUGUUGGGAUGUGCGGAUUGCAGCGCCGCAGGCAGAUAUCGGGAUUUUUGGAAACGUGUCAGUCGUGAACAUAUCUAUUUUUGUAGCAGUUCUACUGUAUGUGGAGGAGGGGUGGAACUUGAACACUUGACUUCUAAUGUUUACAUAACUCAUAACUGAAAAACUGUUUGCACAAAGCGAGGCUACGGGAAAGUCUUGACAAUAAUGUUUUCUGCUGGGCAGAACGUGCUGUUAUUUUAUAUCUAUUUUUUUAAACGGGGUAAUAAACCUUAUUCUAAAAGUUUUUGCAAAAAAACCCAGAACUCUGGUCUCUUUGUGGGCUCUGGAUAUUUAGUUUUUGCAAGGCCACAGAUUUGGGCAGGAUUUGGGGGACUUUUGGCCCUCCCAUUGUCACUGAGUUAUAGUUUCCUUCAGCCCUAACCAGCAUGACCAAUGGCCGGGAAUGUUGGGAGUUGUGGUUCAGCAACAUCUGGGUACCAGAUGUUCUCUAGGGCUUCAUUAUCUGCUUCUGGCUUCAUUUGUGACUCUCCUUUGGGCACAGAGCAGUACCCCCCUCCUGGAGAUAAUAUCAAGUCACUUACUUGAGAGUUGCACGUUAAAGCAGCAUAAUACAUUGACCUCUGAAAAGAACAAUGCCUGGGAUGUAGC